UAAUAUAUUCAUCACCUCCAUCAUUCAACCACAUGGCUCAAUCAUCUCCACCCACUUACACCACCGUGCUGGAGCAAUCCUCAGUAGCGCCGCCGCCCGGAAAAAUAGCCGGGUUUUCUCUUCCUCUAGCAUUUUUUGAUCUACAAUGGCUGCAUUCCUCCCCUGGCCAUCGCCUUAUCUUCUAUCAACACCCCGUCUCAAGAACACACUUCAAAGAUACUAUCAUUCCCCAUCUCAAAACUUCCUUCUCCAUUGCCCUCCAAUAUUACCCUCUCCUAGCAGCCAAGUUGGCCGUUCCUUCCGACUAUUCCACUCCGCCUGAAUUUGUAUACCGUGACGGUGACGGCGUUCCUCUUGUCUUCGCCGUGUCGGACGAUAACGGCCGUUUUGAUCGUUUAUCGUCAAACCAUGCAAGAAACAGUAAUGAAUUUUACUCCCUUCUUCCCACGUUACCGUCAGUUCGACGUGGAAUGUUUGCUGUCCAAGUGACGCUAUUCCCGGACGCCGGAAUUUGCGUCGGAAUCGCCCUCCACCAUGUGGUUGGAGACGGUAGUAGUAUAUUUGGGUUCAUGAAGGCGUGGGCUGCGCUUUCUUUACUCGGACACAAAUCUUCAUCCCUUUCACUUUCCGAUGAAUAUCUGCCAUUUCUGGACAGAAGCCUCAACGAAGAUCCUAAAGGACUAAAAACUCUCGUGUGGAACCAAAUGAAGCAAAUCCCAAUUGAUGAAGACGGUCACGGCGUUCCCUUUCCCGACGUCACCGGCAAGGCACGUGCCACGUUUAUCCUCACACGAGACGACAUCCAAAAACUUAAAACUCACGUGAUCUCACGCCGGUCAAAAGUAGUACGACAGCCAUCCUCGUUCGUGGUGACGUGUGCGUACAUGUGGACCUGCCUGCUGAAAUCACACGCGCAAAGGCGGGACAGCUUGCCGCGGAGGACGGCCUUGCUGCGGCGGCUGAGGCGAUCGGAGAGGCCAUUCAGUGGCAGUUGGAGGGCGAGGAGGGAGUCCUUAGUGAAUCGUGAAAGAAUCCUGAGUGUGGCUGCCUCUCCCAGAUUUGACUAUUAUAAAAUGGAUUUUGGGUGGGGAAAGCCUAAGAAGACAGAGACUACUUCCAUAGAUUAUUCAGGAGCAAUCUAUGUUGGGUGUGCUAAGGAUUCCUUGGAUAUUGAGGUUGGUGUGUCUGUACCUGUGCCCAAAAUGCAUCUUCUUAAGACGCUUUUCGAUCAGGGCCUUCAAGCUUUAUCCCUUUAAUUUGAAUUUUAUAUUUUUUUAAAUAGAAUAAUUGGCUUCAAUUUUUUAAUAAUCCCAGACGUACUUUUACUCCUUACAUGUUGUUGUUUUUUAGAGAAGAUUUCCAGCCGUGCAUGCAACUUCGUAGUUUGGGUUCAAUGGUAAUGGAGUAAGGUAGCUAGAAUAUAUGUGAGAAUCAAUGUCAAUGUAGUGGACUUUUGUUUGGUCCUCAAAUUAAAUUUUGUUUUAAAUAUCUCUUACUUUCUGAGGCCAAAAAACCUUUUACUGUUAUGAAAUAAAAGGAAAAUGAUGGAUGUCCAAG